ACAUGCCCCUUUGAAAGGUGGCAUUGGUUCAAUUUAUAGGUGUGUCUCUUUUCCUGAAAAUACAUGUCUGUUUACUUAAAUCAUUGCAGUAAUUUUCUGAAACAGUACAACAUUUCGUGAAACAUUGCAUCAGUUCGAAACAGUGUUGCGGCAGUUCGCGAAGCAGUGUACUGUUCACCCGAAACAGUGCUACUGUUCACGUAACAGUGCUACUGUUCAUGCAAAACAGUCACUGUUCAUGCGUCAGUUCGUGAAGCAGUGCGCUGUUCACGCAAAACAGUGCUACUGUUCACGCAAAACAGUCACUGUUCACGCAUUCCUGCAUUUUUUAACAUUUCCAUUCAUACCCUUUCAUUACUAUGAACCCAACAGUUGGUGCAUUUCUGAAUGUUCUCUUUGAAAGGAUUCCUAGUUGGGUUGAGCUGCUCAAGAAGAAUAAGCAUGGUGAUAGGCUUUUAGAGAAGUUGGAGGACAUUUUGCUUGGUCUUCAGAUUGAGCGAAGUGAUGCAGAGAAUAAGCAGGCAUCAGAUCCACUCGUGAGGAAGUGGUUGAAUAAGCUUCAGCGUGCUGUAGACGACGAUGAAAACCUCUUGGAAGAAGUCAAUUAUGAGGCUUUGAGGCUUAAGGUGGAAGGUCAACUUCGAAAUCUUGAAGAAAAAAGCAACCAGCAAAAAAAGAGUACUAAGAAGAAUGAAGAAGGAGAAAAGAAGAAGAAAGAAGGAGGAGAAGAGAAUAAGAAGGAUGGAGGAAACUUAACUGCGAUUUUGAAAUCAUGUCAGUGUGAAGGAUGUGUUAGUACAGUUGUCAAAGCCAUUCGAAGUAUUGGAGGUGUGGAGAAAGUUAUGUGUGAUGUAGAUUCGAAGAAACUAACUGUGAUUGGAAAAGUUGAUCCAGUGAUGUUACGAGAGGAAGUUGAACGGAAAACACAGAAGAAUGUUGAAGUUGUCUCUCCGAUAACGAAAAAGGAUGGUAAGGGAAAAAAAGGUGGCGACAAUGGCAGUGAUAAUGGCGCCGGAGAGGAGAAGAAGAAAAUGCAGAAGCAGAACAAGGAAAAGGAUUCAAGGGAGAACACAGGAGGAGAAGAUAAAAAAACGAAAGAGAAAGAGCUUCCGAUCACAACCGCGGUGUUGAAGUUGCAUUGCCAUUGUCAAGGAUGUAUUCAGAAAAUCGACGAAAUCGUGACCAAAUUCAAAGGGUACAAGGAGAUGAAAGUAGACUAACAAAAGGAUUUGGUGACUGUUACAGGGUCGAUGGACAUGAAGGUGUUGGCUGAAACGUUGAAGAAGGAUUUGAAAAAGGAAAUCGAGAUUGUCCCGCGUAAGAAGGAAGGCGGAGAGAAGAAAGAGAAAGGCGGUGGUGAUAACGGUGGUGGUGGUGGCAAAGGUAAGGGUAAAGGAAGAGAAGACAAUGUUGAAGGGAAAGGUAAGGUGAAGGAUGAGAUAGACGGAGGCGUUGGUGCUGGUGUUGGUGGUAACUAGGGGUGGAAAAAUUAGACCAAGACCAAAUGACCCGCCCGAUUUGCCCAAGGGUUGAUGGGUUUGGGCAACAGUGAUUUUGAUAAGGAAAAAUUACAGCUUAUAGAUAAAAAUCUUUUAUAAUUACAUGGUAUGGGUAAUGUUUUAAAAAAUUACAAUUCAUAGGUAAUUAUUUGUUAAAAAUCAAUUUUAUGUGAGCGCAUUUAUACAAAUAUAAUUUCUAAUGUAUAUAACAAAGGCAAAAUAAUUUUCUCUCUCAUAAUUAAUAUUUUAUUCUCACUCUUAUCUGAUUGGAGUAAUAUGCGGCACUAGAUUACAUCUUUGCUCUAA